CCGCGCCUCCCCGCUUGCCCCCCGCCGCACGCUCCGGGACAGGGCGCGGGGCCGGGAACCGCCGUUGCUGCUGCUGCUGCUGCUGCUGCUACCGCCGCCGCCGCCGCUACCGGCCGGGCGAUGCCGAAGCCGCCGUUGCUGCUACGGGGGAGCCGCCCCGGGGACAGCGAGCUGGGGCGGCAGUUCCGGGACUGGUGCCUGCGCACCUACGGGGACUCGGCUAAAACCAAGACGGUGACCCGGAGCAAGUACCAGCGCAUCGCUGAGGUGCUGCAGGGGGGAUCCGGCUCCGGCGGCGGCUCCGGCGGGGGGGAGAAAGGCAAGUUCCAGUUCUGGGUCCGGUCCAAGGGCUUCCGCCUGGGAAACGGCACCAGGGAGGCGACGAAGAUGGGUCAAGUGGUGGUAUAUGUGCCGGUGAAAACGGGAACGGGGGCAGAUGGACUGACGGAGCCCGAGGGCAUCUCUCUGAAGCGCGUGGCCGUGGUGGAAGAUUUCUUUGACAUCAUCUACUCGAUGCAUGUGGAGAGCUCGUCGGAGCCGGGCAAAGCACCCAAACAUGCCGGGCAGAAGAAAACCUACCGAGCGAUCGCAGAGACCUACGCGUUCCUGCCGAGAGAAGCCGUGACCAGGUUCCUGAUGAGCUGCACCGAGUGCCAGAAGAGGAUGCAUUUCAACUCCAACGGCCUGGAGCCCAAAGAGAGUGAACCACCCUCCUCUUUGGUGUCUGGGAUCAUUGACUACAACAUGCCCCUCACCUCCACUUACCUGAAGCAAAUGAAGCUGCGGGUGAUGAAUUCCCAGGAGCAGGAUGAGACAUCGGUGAGCAGCGAGGACUUUGAUAUGAACGACUCCACAUGGAUCUCAGCUGACCAGCACCUGAACUCCAGCCUGAGCCCCAGCCAGGACGAGAGCAUGCGCAGCCCACAGAACCUGCCCGGCCAUGAGGACGAUGACUCCUCGUCAGAGAGCUGCAGCGGGAAUGGCUCCUCCACCCUGAACCCCUCGACCUCGAGCAGCACGCAGGGCGACAGCGCCUUCCCCGAGAUGAACGGCAAUGGCCCCGCGGCACCCAUGGACUUCACGGCGGCGGCCGACGAGCAGCCCAUCAACCUGUGCGACAAGCUGGCCCCGGCGCACGGCACCCCCUCCUACCAGGCGGACGGCUGCAGCGCCGACGGGCUGCGCAGCAGGGGCAAGUACGGCGUGAAGAGCACGGCAGAGUCCCCUCCAUACAGCUCUGGCAGCUACGACUCCAUCAAGACAGAGGUGAGCGGCUGCCCCGAGGACCUGACCGUCGGCAGGGCCCCCACGGCUGAUGAAGAUGAUGAUGACCACGAUGACCAUGAAGACAACGAUAAGAUCAAUGACUCGGAGGGGAUGGACCCGGAGAGGCUAAAGGCUUUCAAUAUGUUUGUGCGCCUCUUCGUGGAUGAGAACCUGGACCGGAUGGUUCCCAUCUCCAAGCAGCCCAAGGAGAAGAUCCAGGCCAUCAUCGAGUCCUGCAGCCGGCAGUUCCCCGAGUUCCAGGAGCGGGCACGCAAGCGCAUCCGCACCUACCUCAAAUCCUGCCGCCGCAUGAAGAAGAACGGGAUGGAGAUGACCAGGCCCACGCCGCCACACCUGACCUCAGCCAUGGCCGAGAACAUCCUGGCCGCUGCCUGUGAGAGCGAGACGCGGAAAGCAGCCAAGAGGAUGCGGCUGGAGAUCUACCAAACCUCCCAGGACGAGCCCAUCGCUCUUGAUAAACAGCACUCCAGAGACUCCACAGCCAUCACCCACUCCUCCUACUCACUGCCAGCUUCAUCUUACUCCCAAGACCCAGUCUACAUCAAUGGAAGCCUCAACUACAGCUACCGUGGCUACGGGUCCCUGGGGGGCAGCCUGCAGCCGCCUGCCUCCCUCCAGACGGGCAACCACAGUAACGGUCCCACGGAUCUCAGCAUGAAAGGUGGGGCCUCGAGCACGGCCCCGUCCAACAGCACCAGCAGGGGGAUGCAGGCUGCGCAGCUCAGCCCCACGGAGAUCAGCGCCGUGCGGCAGCUCAUCGCCGGCUACCGGGAGUCCGCGGCCUUCCUGCUCCGCUCGGCAGACGAACUGGAAAACCUCAUUUUACAGCAGAACUGACUCCUCCUCGCUCCAGAAGACAAUUCCUACCUGCUGGCAAGAGGCUCCCGGCGCGUCCUGCUCAGGACCAUCGCCCUCCCGCCCGGGUACACGUAGUUUUAGAAGGUGGAAUCCAAAAGACCUCUUUUCUUUUACACUCCGAGCACCUGGGACUUGAGGCACAAGGACACGUUUUGAACCGUACCAACAGCCAAACCCGCGGCUCGGGAGGACGUGGGACUUCCAGGGCAGAAGGGAGCCUGGGGAGGUUUGGGGCUGCAGAUGUAUUUAGAAUAACCUUUGUGGACCCAAAUGUUAGAUUCCCGUCCCCAGAUAAUUUCUGAGUCUUAGGUGAGCUGAAUCACAUAUUUAUUGAGAAAUGGACCCUCCUCUCCCCUUAGUAAUUUAUUUUUCUGAAAAUGGAUUCUUUUGAGUUUGUA